CGGGGUGGGAGGAGAAGCGCCGAGACGGGGAGGGGGCGCAGGGGGGGGGUGAUUUCGCCAAUGCCACAAUGGGCAGCGCUGCUGGUGCCGCCGGGGGUCCCUGCCGGAGACCUGCCCUGCUGCUGACCCUCGCCCUGAUCCUCGCCGCCGGCCCGGGGGCUGCUCCCGCAUCCAAAAGGCACCAGAACACCACGGAUGCCCCGGGGGCUGUCUGGGAGGCCCCUCCAUCACCCCCGGACAGUGGAAGGGAGCAGGACCCCAAGAGCGGAGAGCUCCUGAGAAAUGUCACUGGGGCAGGGGAAAAUAGCUACACAGUGGCGCCCUCGGAGGCAGCCAGAGUGAAGGAAUCCUGGAGAAAGACACCUGCUGAUCUCCCAGGGCUGGCAGCAGAAGGCGUAGGCACAGCUGCUGCAGCUUCCGCCGACCAAGUCAGCAGCCUUCCUGGAGCAGGGAUCUCUGUACGGUAUUAUCCCGGUGGGAUUAGCGAGGAGAACAAUGAAUCAUCGCUCUGUUUGGGAUGCCCCAGGGGGGUUGACAGCCAGAGUGCCUGGCCCCCGAAGCCUUUGUUGGCUAAGGACAAUGAGGGGGCCAUGGAAGCCUCUUCAGCCGUGACUAGUGUGGCUUGGCCUGUGAAUGGAGAGGCCAUUGUUUUGGCAUUAAGUGACACAAAGGGAGCGCCGGAGAGCACUGCCCUUGUCCCCGAGAGCCAGGAGGAGGCUGGGAGCGGAGACCAGCCUGCCAGAGCCUCUCCGGGCGAUGUGUGGAACCCGGGAGCUUUCGUGGAGCUCACGGUCACCCCGCCCACCUACCGGGUCCCCAUGGAGAUGGCGGGCGCAGCCAGCUCGUCGGCAGGACCCGGUCUCAGCUCUGACUCACCCGAGAUGGACCUGCUGCUGGAGGCCUUCAGGGAAGUGGUGCUGCAGCCCCCCACCCCGGAUGGCCGUGCCCCUGAGCUGGGCACCCAGACGCAGAGCAGCACAGGGCUGGCACAGGACUCCGCCCAGAAGGAGGAGCCCCUGGAGCUGUGGCUGGCGUCGUCCAGCAGCUCCCCGGCCCAGAGGGCCCUUGGCCGCACCGAUCUAACCUGGCUCAAUACUGAAGUGUCCCCGGGGCCCCAGUUGGCCAUCACGACCCCUGUCAACGCUCUCAGGACCCCCGAGCCUCCCUCAGCUCAAUCGGUCUCCGAGAUCAUCGACAUCGACUACUACGACCUCUUUGGUGGGGAGAGCCAAGGCAGAGGUGGGGGCCUGGAGGAUUUCCCUGCCAGGGGCCCCGGGGGAGCAGACGCCCCCAAGAGGACACUGGAUGACAAGACGACGUCCUGGGCCAUUCACGAGCUCUACGACGACUUCACGCCCUUCGACGAGUCCGACUUCUACCCCACCACCUCCUUCUACACGGACGGGGAUGAGGAUGGUGAAGAUGAUGAGCUGGAUGAGGAGGAGGAAGAGGAGGAGGACGGAGGUGGUGGGCUGGCCAGGGACCUGGAGGAUGAGAACAACUCCAAGCUGCCUACCCCGCUCACGCCCAAAAUCCAGACCACAGUGCAGCAGGCCGAGACCACCAGCCGCCGCUACGUCAUCCCCCCACUGCAGACCUUCAUCGUCUCUGGGAGUGGCGCCACCUCCAGACCUCGCCCGGCAGAGACCAGCAAGGACCUGAGCCAGUCGGCCGUGGCGGCGGGACCCGGGGGCGAGAACGGGACCGAGUGCAGGAGUGGCUACGUCAGGCAUAACAACUCCUGCAAGUCCGUGUGUGACAUCUUCCCCAGCUACUGCCACAACGGGGGCCAGUGCUACCUCGUGGAGGGCCUGGGCGCUUUCUGCAGGUGCAACACCCAGGAUUACAUCUGGCACAAGGGAAUUCGCUGCGAGUCCAUCAUCACCGACUUCCAGGUGAUGUGCGUGGCCGUGGGCUCGGCGGCACUCGUGGUCCUGCUGCUCUUCAUGAUGACCGUCUUCUUCGCCAAGAAGCUCUACCUGCUCAAGACUGAGAAUAACAAGCUGCGCAAGACCAAGAGAUGAGACAAGAUGAGCCCUUCGACCUUAAGAUCUCUGAUUCCCAGUGUUAAAGAUGGGGAAACGGAGGCACAAGGCAGCAGUUCGUGUCGUCGCUGGGCUUAGAACCCAGGCGUUCCUGGCUCCCGUUGUUGGGCUCGGACCCAUAGCCCACACUGCGGCUUGGUGCUUGUCUCUUGGACAAAGGGCUGUGUGCCAAGCCAUGCAUCUCUUAGGGGCAGCUCUCAGCUUGUGUUAGCAGGGUAACGGGAUGGGGCAGCCUUACCACUUCCCCAGCCCCAGUGAGGUCUGGAGUGCAGGAAGACGGCCCCCCCCAAAACCAUCCCAGCUCCUCAAGAGAGACCCAACUGAGCUUUGCCUUUGCAUGCUCAGACUGUAGGUGCAUGUUACUCUCUGCCCUGAAGAGACUGGAGGGGAACAGACUGAGCCAGCUGCUGGAGUCACCCCCAUCCCGUGAGCAUCCAUCUGUUGGCUUUGUCAACCUCUGAUUAUACCCCCCAAGCAGCGCGGUGCUGGACUGCAAAGGCUCGUAGGAUCCCCACCACCUGUGAUGGACUGGACGAGCUCAGCUAGAUUCCCAUCCCCCGGGGCCAGGCAGGAGGGCUCCCUAACGAGUGGUUAAUUAAUGUUUGUAAAGUGCCUAGUGUUAUUAUUAGGAAGUGCUUUGCGCUGCCUGGUUUGAAUGUCCCAAGCGAUGGGGCACUCACCUCUCUCCCCCUGGAAACGAUUCCACAGCCCAGUCUCACUAGCCACGCCUCGCUCCUAACACUCGGCCUCAUUUUUUCCCUUUCUUAAUUUCAUCCCAUUGCUCCAGCUGGCGCCCCACAGCCCCUGCUGUCUGUUCAUUAAGCCCCCUCCCUCCGUGGUGGGUGCACCCUGCGGGAUCAUGCAGACUCUUCUCUCACAUUCCCCCAGGGCUAGACAUCGAUAGCUCUUUGUCCCGAAGAGCCCAGCAAACUCCGCAGUACACAGGACAUGUGAAUUGCUUCAGCCCUCUCAGAAAUGCAGCCAGCUCUGGAGUGACACCUGGUAGCUGUUAACAGCGCACAGCAACAUGACACAACACUGUAGCGUGGCAGUGAAGAAUUCUCCAUCCAGUGAAUCACAAUCCUUGGUGGUUCAUUAGCACUCGUUACAUCUUCAGAGCACUUCCCAGGCAGUAACCAUUUUUGUAACCCCCCGUCAC